CCUCAGACCAAUCGGAGUUCACGGUGAAACUUUGUAAACAACCCUUACACGCUGUUUUAAAGUUCAUCUGCUGUAUUUACUACGAAAGGAUACGACGGUGCUGCAGCCGAGUGAGCUAAAAGUCCCUGAAACAGAUAGCCAUGCAGAUGCUGAAAUCAAACUUCCAGAAUCAAAUAGCGUUUGUGAAGACGAGGAAUGAUGUGAUGCAACGCAGAAGGAAGCGGCACCAGAAAGCCUGUUGUGGCCUACUUGAGACCUCAUGCUUGGGUCAGGCUCUUUCUUGGCACACCUCAGUGACAGCAUAAACAUGACAGAAAUGACCAGCGAACAUCUGAGCCCACCUGUUACCAGUCCAAGCUUUUAAUGAACGGGAUCCUAUCAAUGGGAUAUGCUCAGCCUCAGGAGGUGAUCUCAGGUUUGUGAGGAGCAGAAGUGCGAGGAAGAAGUUUUUCCCUUGGCCAUGAACUACUUAGACAGAUUUUUAGCCGUGGUACCCACCAAAAAGUGUAACCUGCAGCUGCUGGGAGCAGUGUGCAUGUUUCUUGCAUCCAAAUUGAAAGAGACUCGUCCAUUAACCGCAGAGAAGCUUUGCAUCUACACAGAUAACUCCAUCAGACCACAAGAGCUGCUGGAGUGGGAACUGGUGGUGUUGGGGAAGUUGAAGUGGAACUUGGCAGCAGUAACGCCAAACGAUUUCAUCGAGCACAUUGUGAGGAGGCUGCCGCUGCCCGAGGAUAAGCUGGCACUUAUACGCAAACAUGUCCAGACCUUCAUUGCCCUCUGUGCCACAGAUUUUAGGUUCGCCAUGUACCCUCCCUCCAUGAUUGCCACAGGAAGUGUGGGGGCAGCGAUAUGCGGCCUACAGCUGGAUUCAGCUGACCAGUCACAGUGGGGCGACAGUCUGACAGACCUGCUGGCCAAAAUCACAAACACAGAAGUGGAUGUUCUCAAAGAGUGCCAGGAGCAGAUUGAGCGUGUGUUGGUGAGCAGCCUGCGCGAGGGGAGGCAGCAGCAGCUACAGCAGCAGCAGCAGACACAGAGAGGCCCCAGCGGGAAAGGCCUGGAGGAGCUGGAUCAAUCCUCCACUCCGACAGAUGUCCGCGAUGUCAACUUGUGAACCACCAGAUGGCAUCAUUGCACAGGAUUUACAACAACAAAAAAAAUGCUUCAUGAAAAAAACCCUCAAUUUUCUUAAAAGCAGAAAAAAAGAACAAAAGAACAAAAAUGUUAAAAACACAAGCCCUUUUAAAAGAAAAAGAACAAUGCUUGCUAGUUUUUUUUUUUUUGUGUAGAUUUUCUGUUCAAGUCAAAAACACCUGCCCACGAAAUAGAUUUUCUAUGAUGUUCUAGUCUAAAAGCAACAAAUUUGAUACAAGAUGAAGCUCUGUGGUGCCUUGGAUAUACAGAAGGGAAGCCAAUCAUAUUUGUAUUCUGCCUUUGAUUGUAUAGUAUGAUCUUUAAGUUAUAUUUUAACCAUAGCUUGAUAAUGAGGCUAUUAUGGUAGAAGUUACGGAAACCAUUCAGAAAUUGCAUAAAUGGGAUCACAGUGGGGCUUUUUGUUUUUAAUUCUGUUUUGUUUUGUGUGAGUAUUAUCACUAUUACAUUUGUGGCUGGUGUAAGAGAGGCCAAGUGUUCGAGCUCCUCAACCACCAGAAGGUCCACAUGUGUGUCGAGGAUGAGACAAACAGAGUACAGCGAUGAGAACGUUAUGCUAAAAGUUGGUGGGUCCCAAUUCCAGGGAGGAGACGGGAUGAUAAUAAUUAUUGGUAUUAUUAGUAAUUAUUAUUAUCAUUAAUAUUAUUAUUGGACAUAUUUUGGAACUGAGUAGUAGAGAUCAAUAAGCUCCUUUUGUCAGGCUGCUUGUGUGUGUCGGAUUGCAAGUCCAGUGAGCAAGCAUGUAUGUGAUGUAUGCAAGUUUGCAUGCCUGCCUGCCUGUGUGAGUGUGUACGUGCGUGUGUUUGGUGUGAAUGCUACAUGUGAUUCCGUAUCUAUAUUAGCAGUGCGCAUUCUCUGGCAAUGAGGCACUUGAGUCAGUUGUAGACUUGAGGUUCUAUGUCAAAAGACAAUGGAGCAAGCCGAGGCUACACGUACUUUGUCCAUCAGUAUAACAGGGCAUCUAUGCUAUAUCACUGCCUUCAUGCAUUAACAAUGUAUCAUGGGUCAUUGUUGGCCAUCCAUUAACUCAUGUGCACGGGGUAUGAGUGAGACAGAAAAAGAUUUAGUGAAGAAGGAUAUGGGUGAAGGGACUUUUGUAUAGAGCCCCUCAUCUUUCUAAGAGAAUUUUUCCUGAGGUGUCACACCUCAGACUCAAAAGUCAUGUGAGGCGUUUAUUACUGCCAAUCUGUUAACGAAAUAUUACAGAUACUUCAUUCUUUUUCACGUUGUUACGCUAUAUUUCCUUAGUUGUGAAAGGCUGCUGUGAGUCUGAACAGAGUAGUAAUGACCUCUCACAUGUGCGGCACGUUUUAACAGGAGAGGCGAUAUCUUGAAGAAGGUGAGGCCAUGCCUUUUUAAGUCUGGAGGAAGUUCGACUCCUCUGUUUUUAGGAACAGGGUGUGGCAUGGAAAGAAUUGGAAAGAGAGGGACUGUUUGCAACCAAGAAGUCACUGUGGAAGGCACAUGGGUGCACAGCGCAGGUUGGAAGGGCAGGGAGGAUUUUAGUGGUGCAGGAGCAUGCUGCUGUGUAGGAGACGGGGAGGAUUUACAGCCAGUGGGCUGGAAGAUAAUAAACGAAUACAAGAUGCCCAAAGGCCUCACGAUAAAACUUUGAUAUCUACAUUUUUGGAUGGUAUCCACUUUAUUUUUGCUCAAUGGAUGUCUACAAUGACGCAGCAGUGUAAAAAAACAAAAAAAAAAACAUUCUGGGUUUCCAUUUACAUAGAAAUUAAAUAAGGAACCAAGAGUGUACGCUGCCAGAUCAUGUGAGGAUGAACUUUCGGGGGGGGGGGGGUUUAGAAGAGUACAGGAUGAUAAUAUACUGUCAAUGCAUCUGGAGUCCCACAUAGGGUUGUUUUCAGCUCCCCUAUAUGAUUUCAAUGGCAAAGCACUUUGAAAACAUGCUCCCCUGGAGAUAAGUAAAGUGAAAUGCGUUGGGUGGUGAUUGGAGGUGAAUGGAUGUUUUCUUUUUUUUUUCCCUUGUUAGCCUUUUCUUUGGUUUACUUUGUAGGGCUGGUUUCCCAAUCAUCAGACAUACCCUUGUCAAUCAAGAGUCAAAUUAAAAAGGCUUUCCACACCUUACGACGAGAGGACAUUCCGAUCAAAAAAAAAACAUUCCUAUUCAAGCAAAGUGCAAGUUGACGGGGAGUCUGACUAUUUCAGAGAAUUUGAACAAAUCGAACACGCCAAUAUGAAUUGGAAAAUGCUUACACACAGAGCUCACUGAUCCGUGGGUUCGGUUUGUUUUUCUUUUACAUUGUCAAGAAAUGAAAUAUUUGUUUUUACUUGAAUUUUUCGUCAUAUGUAUCUGCGUCACAGCCACAGACAGUCACACAGGGCCGCGAUGAGCUACAAGAAAGGGUGGUCAUAACAUCCAGUAUUUGCACAUGUUCCUCUGAGGGAAAUGAGGUUUGCAUUUUUAAGACAGAGCAGAGCCUUUGUUCUAAACCACCUUAACUUAUGUGUGUUGCAGUGGUUGGUCAGUUUUCUAUGGUGCUGGCUUGUGUAGUUCGGGCCGAUUGUCUGUCAGUGAACACAUCUGUCCCCUGUGAGCUUUGCUGCUUCAAAUCAUUGGCAAGGGGGGUUCAACAGCCAGACGUCAGCACAAAACAAGAGACAGAUUUUUGUUUUAUUUUGUUUAAACGGGACACAUGGCUUUGCCACGAUAAGGUGUCUUUGACUUAAUGCUUGAGUUUUUUCAUGACGGUAUGUGACUUUGCUGAGUGUAUGUUUGUCAGACUGAAGAAAAAUGAGGGGAUCUAAUGUUUUCUUGAUGAUUUUCAGUAAAAAUGGGAAAUUUAAUGACAUAUUUGCCGAAACAUCCCUGUUUGAAUAUUUGAUAUGACCCCUUCAUUUUGCCUCUGUUUGCCUGAUGAAAGCUCUCUCCCAAACUUAACGGUUGUGAUUUUCUUUCCUGCAAUUUAUUGUUGCAUGUGUUUUAUAUUGAGACCACCUUUUCAAUUUGUGUUUGAUUUAUUUUACGGGGUGACCAGACCCGCAAAAGGGUUUUUCUAAGACUUAGAGAUACUGUAUUCCAAAGUGAAGAGAGGACAGAGGAGGAGGGGUGAAGACAUCAAGAAAAAAGUGUCAAUAUUUUUAUUGAGUAUUUGUUGUCUUUUUGCGCUGCUAAAAGCUAUGAAUUUGUUUCAUUUAUACAAAAAAAUAACAUUACCUAGUUGUGAUGUGUCACUUGAGUGUGCUGCUAUUUUAUAAACAUUUGUAUUAUAAUAUAAUUAUUUUACUGCUUAAGAGAUACAUUCAGAAAAACGAAGUAGAUGGUGAUAGAAGAACAUGAAAUGAGUAUUCGACUGGAAAUGUUCUUUGUACAGUUUGACAGUUUGCUUAGAUAGCAUGUCUCCUUUCCUCCCUUUUUUUUUUUUAAAUCUAUUUUGCUCUACUUCUUCAGUCACAUUCUACAUCAGUGGUAUUUCAUAUACCUCAGGAUUACUGGACAAAAUAAAACAAACAAAUCCAUCACCUAUACCUCUGCAGUUAGGGAGCCUGGAACGAAGGAGAAAGCAUACAGCAAGGUUGGGGGGGGGGGCAACGACAAAUUAGCAUUUUUGUGGAUGAUGCCCACAGUUUUACUGGAGAAACAACUCAGUGAGACGUGAAACAGGAAAUAUGCAAGGCUUCCACUUGGACUUGACCUGUAUCAGAGGGGGGGGCGGCAACAACAUUGUUGGGGUGUUUAUUCCGUAGAUAGUUCAAGCAUGUUCAUUUCUGUUCAUGUUGGUGCUACAUCUGACUUGUUGUGUGAAAGAAAGGGGGAAACAGCAUUCCUUUGAUGGCCAAAGUACCGUUCUUGCUUUAUACAACCAUAAUCACUCUGAAUGUCAGUAAAUACGGAUUCUGUAUGUGAGAAAUAGAGAUUUUGGUCUGUAAUAUUGUAUCUGCGUACCAUUGUAUCUGCCACAAAAUAAUGGGUUGUGCUCCACUGUCAUGUCCAACCAUAGAUAUUCUCAUAUCUGGAAGUUUCAGUGGUGCAGAUUUCCCUUUGAGUUGCCCCCCUCUGCUAUAACUCAUAUCAUGUACCUCAAAUGUCUGUUGCACAACCUCUGUUCAAUAAACUUCUGCUUUAAAGGGUGUGACACCACAUCAGCUCACUA